AUGAGCCCAUAUCUUAUUGAUCCAUUCGAGAAGAUAGAGGACAUUCCGUACAUUCCUAAUUUAGAAGUGAAGAUCUAUGAGAUGCUAGCUAGAUACUUUUCAGACGAAAAGAGGCCCUUUAGGUACAAUGUCUGUCCAUUUGACACUACUCAAAAAGAUGGUGCUAAUAACAGCCAAAUAAAUGAACAAGGAAAUAAAAAUAAGCACUGCAAAAAUUCCAAUGCUAAUCAUGACCAAUUGACAACUAUUAAUAUAAAUACUGGAUUAAAUAACGGCUUAUUAGCUUUAUAUAAUAGCAUAAAGGAUCACACUCCUCAGUAUACUACACCAAAGGAACAAGUUAGUCAGUCUCUUUUCAUUAGUGAUCACGUUUUUAUUGAAAAAUUUUUGUUUUUCUAUGAAAAGAGUAAAAUUUUUCGUAAUUUGGUUCAUUCACUUAAGCCUUCCAGUCUGCCCAUUCACACAAAGGCCUUGUUUGGUGACAUCAAAUAUAGUUAUACUAAUUAUGACACAAUCAAACAAAAUUCAGCCAUUAGCUUUUCCGAUGUCUCUGAUAUUUCCAAGAGCAUUCUUGAAAAAUUUCUUUUGAAAAUCAACUAUGAAAGACAAGACCUUUUCGCCUUUACCAUCCAGGAAUUUCUAAAGUCAAUCAAAGGAGGUUUUGACCCAGAAACUGAGAACUUCAUUCAGCAGUUCAGACACACCAAGUUUGAAUAUAAAUUUACAUUAAAGCCAGCGAAGGAGAUGGAUCUGUCAUCUUACAGGUCCUUUUUGGAGUCCGUCUUUUCUAUUUUAUACUCCAAAACCAAGAAGUUCCAAUUUAUGAAAUACCUUGUACUCUUUGAUGACUGUACUUUAGAGUUCUCAUGCUUGUGUCUUAUAAAAAUAGUACUGCACGGCACUUGCGACAUUAAUGAUGACAUUGCUGAUAAAAACGAUAUCUGCGAUCUCUUCAAUGACAUUGAUACAUCAAAUCCUGAUAUUCUCAGAUUCCUUUUGGAAAUCAAUACAUUUAUUGGCAAGCCAGUUGUCAGUAGAAAGUCCUAUUUAGACUAUGCUCUAAAGGCCAGAGAUUACUACAGUUUAAUAUACUGCCUGGAAGAUAAAGAGACUGAUAUCGAGCUGCUCCAAAUAGCAUAUUACAUGAUCAAUGAUACUGUCAGAGUGAAGGGGUUUAAUACAAAUGCACCACUGUACACAUCAUCUCAAUUUACAGGUGUUCAGAAUAGUGAAUAUUCAACAUUGAACCUUUUCUUUGAUCUUAUUUUGGGCAAAAAUUAUAAAGCAGCUCAGCAGUGUUUAGAAGAUUUAUCUGCUAAUACUAAUAUAACCCAUAGUACACCCAAUAGUGUUAGAAGCUUUGAUAAGCUACUAACUAAUUUUGGGUCAUUUUCAAUAUCUCCUAGGGAUGUCUUUAUUUCUAAGAUUCUAAGAGAGAUCCUUGAGUGCAAUGAAUCUGAAGAGGUGGAGAAUAUACUGCUAGGAAAGGAUCCUGAUAUAGUCAUUCACAUACUUAAGGAUCUUGAACUAUUAAUAAACAUGAGCAAGAUUGGCGAUAGCCUUACUAAUAGUAGCUUUAGCGGCAUUAAGCUUUGUAAUGAAGAUUCACACAGUGGUAAUAUGAGUGCUAAUGGCAAUGGUAAUAAUAGUACUAUAGUGGAUACGGUAAGAUUGAUUGAGAAAAGGAGAAAGAUUAGUAAAAAUCCGGAUUUAUUGCUGAAAGUGCAUAAAUACUUAGAGUCUAAAAUACACUGCAAGGAAUUUUCAAGAUCAGUGGAUUUGGAAUUGAUAAAGUAUCUUAUGAAAAAGAAAGAAUUCCAAAAGGCAGAAGAAGAAAUCGCCAGAAUAGUAUUAAAAAAGGAAUAUUCUGUUUUAUAUGAUCACUCUCUUAUUAAAAUAGAACAGAAGCAUCAAAACGAAGCCAAGGAGCUGCUAAGAAGAAUGAGACUGCAGUGUCCCGAGGAUUCUAUUGAUUAUUUCAAAGCUACGGUUAAGCUGUGUGAAAUAGGACAGAGUAAGGGGAUGUUUGAAGAAGGAAUAUCCGACCUAGAAAGAAUACUAAAUGACAAAAUCAAUGGCUGUGACAAUAAUGAUAGCAAUGGGAUUGAUGCUGUGAAUGAUAUAUCGAAAAUUAAUGGAAAUACCAACGGUAAUAUUACUUUUAUUAAUACUGCAAUUGCUAAUGGUAUUGCUCCCAAUAAUUCUGCUAACAAAAAGAAACGUGGGAAUGCAUCAAUCAUUAAUCUAGCAUAUGACAAACUGAAAGCAGACAAUACAAAUAUCAGAAAUAAUGCUAGUAUUAACAUGCAAAAUUUAAGUGAAUACUUGGGACAUAUCCAAAGAUUAUACUUUCUUACUGCUAAAUACUUUGAAAAACAUGAUGCUCUUGUCUCCAUAAAGUACUAUUUCAAGUCCUUUACUUCAAAUCACGAGGCCAUUCCUAGGUUCUUCCACUUAAUAGCCAACAUUCCCAGAACUCAUAUGAAAAUAGUGGGAGAGAUGAUUGAGACCAUAAAGAAAGAAUAUUUGUCUAACCUCAUUCCAUUUUAUAACCAAAUUAGCACCAAGCUAUCCUUGGAAACCGAUACUGUUAAAUUCUACAAGGAAAUAGUAUCCACCAUGCUGGAAAAGUAUCCUUAUCAGACCCACUGGAACACUCUAUUUUUGUUUAACUCAAAGAAGACUGAGGUAAGUAAAGUAUUGGUGGAGAUUAUUGAGAAUCUCAGCCUUGAAAGGAGGAAGCUGUUCAUGGAUAUAAAGAACUGUUCUGAGAAGUUUGCGAGUAUAGCCAGGCAUAAUGGAACAAAGCUAUGUAUGGAAAAGUUUCCGGAUAUCAGGAGUCUGUUUCCAGCCAAGAUUAACGUUCCAGGGCAGUUAACUGAAAUCAACAACAUUAAGAACGAUAUUGUAGUGUUUAGAUCCCUACAAAUGCCCAAAAAGAUAACUUUAGUGGGGGAGGAUGGAAGAGAGUAUCCAAUGAUAGUCAAGUUUAAAGACGAUCUAAGGAAAGACAGUAGAUUUAUGGAUCUAGACAAUCUUCUAAACAAGCUAUUUAUAAGCGAUGAAUAUUACAUUAGAAAGUAUAAUGUUAUUCCCUUUAACCACGAGUCAGGUAUUAUUGAGUUUGUUCCCAAUCUUUACAAUUUGAAAGAGAUAGUUCAUACCUACCAUGAAAUCACUCAUGAAACAGUGCAGAAAUUCCUAAGAACGAAAAUGAUAGGCACCAACAACAUGGCAUCACUAAUGGAGAGGUUUAAGCCAGUCUAUAACAGAUAUCUCAAAGAGACAUAUACUGAUCCGUACCAGUUUUACAGAUGUAGGGAAAGUUAUAUCAGAACGUAUGCCAUAAUGAAUAUUGUAGGAUGGUUUAUGGGACUAGGAGACAGACAUAGCGAAAAUAUACAUUUUGACAGGAUGACGGGGGAUACGGUUCAUGUUGAUCUGAACUGUAUUUUUGAUAAGGCUAAAAGUCUAGAAAUACCCGAGAAAGUGCCUUUCAGAUUGACCCAGAAUAUAAUAGAUGGAUUUGGGGUGUUGAAGUUAGAAGGAACAUAUAAGCAUACAUUAAAGUAUACGCUUGAAGUACUGAGAAAUAACAGGGAUGUAAUACAGGCCAAUCUGCUCUCUUUUGUAUUUGACCCUUUAUUUGAAUGGGCUAGGAGAAAGACAGAGCCGGUUAAGAUUAUUGACGGAAUGAAUAAGAAAUUAGAUUUUGAGGAUGUUGAUUUUAAGGUAGAAGAGCUGAUAGGAGAAGCCACAGACAUAAACAACUUAGGAUCAAUGUACAUAGGAUGGAUGGCAUUUAUAUAA